AUGCAAAUUACUUGGCGCGAUACAGCCGAUGAAGCUACUUACGAAGAGGCUAGAAUUGGCCGUGUUUUCAACCACCGUCGUCCAAGCCGAUUUCCAUUGGCUAUAGUGAAGGCAAAAUCCGAAGAUGACAUUGUUGCAGCAGUAAAGUUGGCUGCAGAGUGCAAUUGUAGAGUUGCGGUUCGGUCUGGCGGUCACUCAUGGGCUGCAUGGAGUGUGCGAGACAACUCGGUUUUAAUUGAUUUGGGUGAUUACAAGAGCCUAGAGUAUGAUCCAGAGGGAAAAAUCGCAAAGGCAACCCCUAGCAUGACUGGGAGAGAUAUCAACUCUGUCCUCAACAAACAUGAACUGAUGUUUGCUGGGGGGCAUUGCCCUGAUGUUGGAAUCGGGGGUUUUUUAUUGCAAGGGGGGAUGGGAUGGAACUGCCGCGGAUGGGGAUGGGCUUGCGAACAAGUUAAGGCCGUUGAUGUUGUCACUGUACAAGGAGAAAAGCUUCACUGUAACGCUCAACAAAAUCAAGACCUCUAUUGGGCGGCUCGAGGGGCAGGCCCAGGAUUUCCAGGUAUAAUUUCUAGGUUUCAUUUAAAAGUCCGCGAAUAUCCCAGAAGAGGUUUCCGGUCAUCUGGCUAUCUCUACCCUAUUAGCAUGUAUCGACAAGUUUUCGAUUGGGUCCUAUCAAUAGCACCGGGUUAUGACCACGACACUGAAAUAGCUGCCGUUUCGCAAUACCCCGAACAAAAAGAUGAAUUGUGCUUUUUUGUACUCUUCGUCACUAUGAAAGGCACCGAGAAUGAAGCCGAACACGCACUCCGACCGGCUCAAGAAACAAGACCUCUGGGGGCCUUUGAAGAAUGGUUCUGUCAAGAAGAUAGCUUGGAUAAGCAGUAUAUUAGCCAAGCAAAAGCGAACCCAGACAGACAUCGUUACUGUGUUGAUAAUGCAUACAUCGAUAACGACUCGGAUGUUGUCGCUGUUCUAGAAAAUGGGUUUACUACCCUUCCGCACAGAAAGGCAUUUUCUCUAUGGUACGCGAUGAAUCCGUGCAGUCGACGGCAGCUACCAGAUAUGGCACUCAGUGUACAAUCGGAUCAUUAUUUUGCUGCGUAUGCCGUUUGGGAAGACCAGACAGAUGAUUUACGAUGUCAAACCUGGGUUCAGAAGACGAUGAAAACCAUAGAGAAGCAUAGCGUUGGGGCAUACCUGGGAGAUUCAGAUUUUCAGGUUCGGCAAACCCGGUAUUGGGCAGAUGAAAAUUCAGCACGCUUAAAGAAUAUUCGACAAAAGUGGGAUCCAGAAGGACGAGUUUUUCUGGUGCCCUCUUUCCUUCAUGCUUGGCUCAUUGACUGCAAUAUGACUGAGCAAUCCCUCCUUAACAAAGUCGCGAUUAUAAGCGGCUCGUCUUCCGGAAUUGGUGCCGCCAUCAUUCGAGAGCUUGCUUCCCGCGGUGCAAAGACAGUAAUCAACUACCCAUUUCCAUCACUGGAGGCAGAAGCAGAAGCCCUGAGAUGCUCCUUGCCGUGUGAGUCCGUUGCCGUUGAGGCAAACAUGGCAACAACUACUGGACCGCAGAGUCUCGUGGAUGCUGCAGUGGCACGCUGGGGAAAGAUCGACAUUGUUAUCAACUGUGCUGGUUUAGCAGUCAAUAAGCCGCUAGAAGAACAAACACUGGACGAAUGGGACCUGCUGGUCAACGUCAACGGCCGCAGUACAUUUCUGCUAACACAGUCGAGCUUACCACAUCUUAAUAGAGGUAGUCGAAUAAUAAAUAUUGCCAGUAUUUCAGCUCGUGGACCGCCUCCAAAUCAGACAAUUUAUGCCGGAACGAAGGGAAUGGUUGACUCAUUCACAAAAUGUUGGGCCAAGGAACUACCUCCAAAAUUCGGAUGCACAGUUAAUGCAGUUAGCCCAGGCCCAACCAAAACGGAGGGCUUUGCAGCUGCUGGUGGGGAGCAAAUGAAAAUUCUCCAGCCUAUCAUAGAUCAAACACCUGUAGCUCCCAGAAUGGGCGAGCCCGAGGAGAUUGCGUUUGCUGUUGCAUUUUUAUGUGAGGAGAAAGCCCGAUGGGUUAAUGGAGUACAUAUUAUCGCCUCUGGGGGCCUAUUCAUUGACUAA